GAUUCUUUCUGGGGGAAAGCGCCCGAGCUGGAGCACAGCCUGUGGCCGCUGCUUCAUCCCCAGCUCCCUUCGGAAAAACUGGCCGGGAUGGCCUGGGCACCUGCCAGGAUCAUGGAUUUCCCUGGACACUUUGAACAAAUCUUCCAGCAACUGAACUACCAGAGACUUCAUGGGCAGCUCUGUGAUUGCGUCAUUGUGGUGGGGAAUCGCCAUUUUAAAGCCCACCGCUCAGUACUUGCAGCAUGCAGCACACAUUUCCGGGCCUUGUUCUCAGUGGCUGAGGGAGAUCAGACCAUGAACAUGAUUCAGCUGGACAGCGAAGUAGUGACAGCAGAGGCCUUUGCUGCACUGAUUGACAUGAUGUAUACCUCCACGCUCAUGCUGGGGGAGAGCAAUGUUAUGGACGUCUUACUGGCGGCCUCGCACCUGCACUUGAACUCUGUUGUUAAGGCCUGUAAGCAUUACCUGACAACCAGGACGCUGCCUAUGUCUCCACCCAGUGAGCGUGUUCAGGAACAGAGUGCUCGCAUGCAGCGUUCCUUUAUGUUGCAGCAGCUGGGACUAAGCAUUGUGAGCUCAGCCCUCAACUCCAGCCAAGGUGGUGAGGAACAGCCACCGCCCCUGAGCUCAUCCAUGCGCAAUAAUCUGGACCAGCGGACACCCUUUCCCAUUAGACGCCUUCACAAGCGCAAGCAGUCAGCCGAGGAGAGAGCCAGGCAGCGCCUCCGCCCCUCCAUGGAUGAGUCUGCCAUCUCUGACGUCACAACUGAGAGUGGGGCACCGGGGGUACAUUCACGGGAGGAGUUCUUCUCACCAGAUUCUCUGAAGAUUGUGGAUAACCCAAAGACUGAUGGCAUGACUGACAACCAGGAGGAUAACACCCUCCUGUUUGACCAGUCAUUUGGUCCUCAAGAAGAUGCCCAGGUACCCAGCCAGUCUGACAAUAGCGCCAGCAACAUGGCGCAGCUGUCCAUGGCCUCGCGUGCAACUCAGGUGGAGACCAGUUUUGAGCCAGAAGCCACAGCGGAGAAGAGUGGUUUUCAAUGUGAAAACCCUGAGGUUGGCCUUGGGGAAAAGGAACACAUGAGGGUGGUAGUGAAAGCGGAGCCCCUGAGUUCUCCUGAGCCUCAGGAUGAGGUGAGUGAUGUAACCUCACAGGCUGAAGGCAGUGAGUCUGUGGAGGUGGAGGGAGUGGUGGUUAGUGCUGAGAAGAUUGACCUCAGCCCUGAGAGCAGUGAUCGGAGCUUCUCUGAUCCUCAGUCUAGCACUGACAGGGUUGGUGACAUCCACAUUUUGGAAGUUACAAAUAACCUAGAACAUAAAUCCACUUUCAGCAUCUCAAAUUUUCUUAACAAGAGCAGAGGAAGCAACUUCAGUGCAAAUCAGAACAAUGACGAUAAUAUCCCAAACACCACCAGUGACUGCAGGCUGGAGGGUGAGGCGCCCUAUCUGUUGAGUCCAGAGGCUGGUCCUGCAGGUGGGCCCUCCUCUGCCCCAGGCUCCCACGUGGAGAAUCCCUUCAGUGAACCUGCGGACUCCCACUUUGUUCGACCCAUGCAAGAAGUGAUGGGCCUACCAUGUGUGCAGACCUCGGGCUACCAAGGAGAACAGUUUGGGAUGGAUUUUUCCAGGUCUGGCCUGGGCCUCCACUCUUCCUUCUCCAGGGUAAUGAUGGGCUCCCCAAGGGGAGGAGCCAGCAACUUUCCGUACUACCGCCGCAUAGCUCCCAAAAUGCCAGUUGUAACCUCUGUGAGGAGUUCACAGAUACCUGAAAACCCUGCUAGUUCUCAGCUGCUGAUGAAUGGAGCCACAUCCUCCUUUGAAAAUGGCCAUCCUGCCCAGCCUGGCCCUCCACAGUUGACUAGGGCAUCAGCUGACGUACUGUCCAAGUGCAAGAAGGCCUUAUCAGAGCACAACGUCUUAGUUGUAGAGGGAGCUCGCAAGUAUGCCUGCAAAAUCUGCUGCAAGACUUUUCUGACCUUGACAGAUUGCAAGAAGCAUAUCCGCGUUCACACAGGCGAAAAGCCCUAUGCUUGCCUCAAGUGUGGCAAGAGGUUCAGCCAGUCCAGCCAUCUGUACAAACAUUCCAAGACCACCUGCCUGCGCUGGCAGAGCAGCAACCUCCCCAGCAGUCUGCUCUAACCCCAGCUUCCCAAGAGAAUAUUCACACUGGGGGCAAGACCAGAAUAGAAUGCUCUUCCACUUUACUGGUUGGUGGCUAUUGCCUGUGGGUUGCAAACUUGGAUUAGUAAGGGGCUUGAACUCACUUGCGUAGCUCUCAGUUGCUGUGUUUCUGAGGGAAAUGCAUGCUUUCAAAGAGGGCUGCCCCCCCAUAACCAAGUUCUUCCGUAGCAUUGAGUCAGAAAGUUAGUUUGUAAUGGAUGUUGUUUAAAAGUGGCACAUUAAAAAAUUAAAAGCUCAAGUGCAAAAAAAAUUUUUAGCAAUUUUUAUAAAACUUUGAAGCAUUUAAUUAUACUUCCUGAUCCCUUGGAUGGGAAUAUUAUACUUGUACAGUGAUGCAAAAUGCACUUAAGUGUAACUAGUAGUGGCAACUUGGUCUCUGUCUCCAAGAAAGGCCCUUGAGGACAUACCUGGCUGCCACCAAUGCUUUAAAGUGUCUCAGGAGCUAGUCCUGAGCCUCUGAGAGUACUGUAUUUUUUAUCUCUCUCUGAUCUGCAGUUACAGACACUGCACUUCUAUGGUGCUGACACUGGCCCAGAGCAUGCACUCUCUGGACUUUUAGGUAUAUAUACUUUAAAAAUAUCACUGUUGGAUGUUUCAACUAUUUCCCUUGGUUUUAAAAAACAAAGUUGUAAAAGGAAUAAGAACUUGUAGAGAGUGACAGGUAAGGUAUUGUUUCUGUAUGUGUUGUUUUAGCAGUAUUUUAAUUAACUUGUAUAAUAUAGUCACAGUUCCAUGUUUGGGACUAGUCAGAAAAGAGCUAGUGUUUGUCUUUGUUAUGAUAUAGACUUACUCUUUGUGGG